UCAAAGUACAUAAACAGACUUUUACACGUAGUGUAAGUUAGGUGCAACUGCGGUGUGACAUCACUGCGGUUGCCGGCAGAUAAGCGAUCGUUGGUUCCAGACCCUUGUCUCCACUGACCGAUUGUUAUUGUGGGGUACGGAGAAGCAAAGGCCCAUCCCGCUUUCCGGUCCCUGUUUGUUCAUUGUUGUGACUCCCCCAAGUUUACUUCUUUGCUCCCGUCCUUAGAACCGAAACAUUGGAACCUUAAGGUAUCCUCUGCCGUCGCCAUAGCCCUGACUCUGCUCAACAUUCUCCCAUAAUCUGUCACAACCGAAACAGCAGCGACAAUGGCAUCGAGCGGGCAAGCAAACGGCGAUUCUGUGCCUGACGUCGGGCAUGUGCCCAACCCGAACCCGACGAUUACCGGAGAGUGGACGGUCGACAAGGUUCUAGAGACGAUUCCGGCUGGGAAGCCUGCGGAGGGAGCGAGCUCACCAGUUGGGUAUUUCCAUAUCCUUGAGCGCCUGAAAACAACGAAGCGCGAGGGCUGGCGGCGGUUUGGGAUCGAUAGGGGAGAAUCGAUUUCAGACCAUAUGUACCGAAUGUCGAUGAUGAGCAUGCUUGCGCCGCCGUCCCUCGCUGCCAAAUUAGACAUGGCGAAGUGCAUGAAGAUGUGCCUCAUUCACGACAUGGCGGAGUCGAUCGUCGGCGAUAUCACACCCGUGGAUGGCGUCCCGAAACCCGAGAAGAGUCGGCGUGAAGCCUCGACGAUGAACUACAUCACUCAGCGACUGCUCGGCAACGUCGAUGGCGGCAAGGUUGGGUCGGAGAUCCGCGCCAUAUGGCAAGAAUACGAAGACUCUCAGACGCUGGACAGCCUCUAUGUUCACGAUAUCGACAAGAUCGAACUUCUGCUGCAGAUGGUCGAGUACGAGAAGCGCGGCAAGGGGAAGCUGGAUCUGGGCGAGUUCGCGUACGUCAAGACCAAGGUCGUGCUGGACGAAUUGAAGCCUUGGGUCGAGGAUAUCAUGACGGAGCGGGAAGACUUUUGGGCGGGCCAAGCGCAUGUGAAGGGUGAUGCAGGUGUUGACGGCGGGGUGAAUCCUGAAAAGAAAGCGAUGCAGGAUGCCUACUACAGCAAGGAAUAGUGCGCGGCGUUCGAGGCUACUUUUGUUUUGUUCGGCUCUUGAAGCGAUAGACGGUGUCUAUAGAGAGAGUUGUCGGAUAAUUAUGCGCUUGUACGGGUUAAACAUCUGGCGGUUUAGAGAAAUAACUGAUACACGCCCGGAUACAGAUGACCACAACCAAUGGGUUCUUUUAGUGUUGAUGCGAUCGCUGAGAGCUCGUAGGCAGGUUCGUUGGGG